AUGUCGCACACUACACCGGCCGGAAAGCAGACGAGCCGACGCAAAGUUCCCAUCACUUGGGGCGCGCCGAGGAGGACGACGAUUCUUGGGGAACCAGAUGGCAGGACCCCCAGAAGCACAAGAGGCAACGAACCGGCUAUUGAUGGUGCUGAUGUGAGCUCUGUUGACAACGUGAGCUCUGCGGCAGCUGCAGCUGCCGACUCGAACACUUUGAAGGCAGUUCACUUGGGCGGCAGAACCUACGUUUGGCCGAAGCGAGUGGUGAUCGUUGGUUACGGGGUUGCCAAGACGGGAAAUCGUUCACCACCUCAGGUGACAAAAUUGUUGGAGAGGUUGACAAAGGAAUGUGACUGGUCUAACCCCUGGGAGGUUCGCUUGCAGGAUGAAAUGCACGUGAAGAAGCUUCAUGACAAUUGUGCAUUUUUCAUUCAAUUCAGUUUCAUUCAAUUGACAAUUGAGGGCAGUGACAGUGACAGUCAUGGAUGGAAGCCAAGGGAAGCCGAUGGAGAAAAGUUUGGCAGAGAUUGUGGCCUAUACCAGCGUACCAUGGCACAGGUUAUGAGCGCCCAAGCGGGAAGCGACGCUGGUGCUCCGCUACAGAAUGGUGUGAUGCCUGGAGCUCCUCGCGAAGAAGGAGUGGAGGCGGAAACCGGAGCUCGAGGCUCGGGUCAGACGAAUCCCGUCGGAUCCGAACCCGGGCAAGAAGCGGGUCAGGGAGGAGGAAAGAGCGGUGGGGUUGCAGAGCAGGCACGGUCCUCACCAGCCGCUCCUACUUUGGCUGGCAACAACGUGAACGAAGACGGAGGACGUGCGGAAGCCCCGGCUACAGGUAUCAUCGAGCAGGGAUUUGAGACUCGCGCCGACAUUGGUGGCCACGCCACCACAAGCGGAGGUGAAUCAGCUGGUCGUGAUUCUGGAUUGCGGGGUGGAGCGCUUCCGAGAGAUGGUAGUGGAGAGGUCUUGGCUGGAGACUACCAUACGCCGAGAUCAACGAGAUCAUUCGGCGCCAGCAGUGCAAUGGAUGCCGAGUCCUAUGCCAUCGCCCCCGAGACCGCGAUUCAGGCAGAAGUGCAGCGGCAACUUGGCGGUCUGCUGGACAAGCUGCAGACCAUGGUCGUGAUUCGGAACCUCCUCGUGAUCCACCGCGGGCAGCUGAAGGGCGACCAGAUCCGUGGAGAGACCCCCUCGGCGCAUUGUGGGAAGAGCUGCAGUCCCGUAGGACAGUUCCACCAGCUGAAGUACAACCUGUACCACAACCUCAAGCGAGUCAAAUCGAAUGCCUCAGCACUCCCGCUCCUUCCAGGGCCAGAGGGCACCAACGCGGGCAUCGUCUUCCAGGACUGGCUGGCGCAGGUGGCUGUUCCGAUGCAAGAUUUGUCAGCUUCUUCGGGUACUUGGUGGGCUGGUGUUUUAAGCCUAGUCAGAGAAGCCUACACUACGUGGUUGGCGGCAACACCCCUAGAAAGGCUUCAGCUUGAACCUGUGGGUCAUGAAGUUUGGACUUCGGCUAAAUGGACUCGAGUAAACUCGAGAGCGUGCUCGCUGAUCUUGCAGAGCCUGGUGGAGGCGAUCAGGUUGGACCUUAUCGCACGAAGGGCUGUACAAAGCGCGCCUCUGAUGCUCUUUCGAUUGCACACCUGCUAUCAACCAGGAGGUGCGAACGAGCGCUCAGCAGUGCUUGGGAGUUUGCAGAGCCCUACGGCACCCACGUCGGUGGAUGAGGCUUUGACGUGGUUGCGAUCAUGGCCGCGCAAGGAUUUGAAUAUGAUGGUGCCUGAUGGGACGAUUCUUGCAAGAGCUUUGACCAUGGUGACCACGAAGUUUGUGGCAGACAACGCGGACACACACUUCCGCACGCAGCUGUUGCGGUCAAGCCUGAGGAUAGAUGGACAACCCAAGAUCGCAGAUGUCAUUAAGUACCACCAGCACCUGCAGGCCGAGAUCGAGUCUAUGAUUGCAGCUAGGUUCGACUUCACCUUCAACUACAUCACCAACGAACGUGCCAAAGGUCACAAGCUUGGAGCCGGAGGGAGAAACAUCUCCCGUGCCACCCAUGCGCUACGGAGAUCCCUAUCCCAGGAGGAGUGGGAAGAGGCAGAGCCGGUGACUGUGAAUCUGGCGGGUGGCGAGUCUAUUGGUCUUCGCAUGAACGCUGCAGGCACGAUCUUAGUGCCAAUCAACUCGAGGACUUCGGCGAUGUCGACAGCGCCGAUUGUUCCAUUGGGAGCCCUGAUCAAUCAGUUGGGGUACACCAUGACAUGGGGAAAAACCAAGUGCAAGCUAGAGGGCAAGAACGGAGAGGUAAUGGUUCUUCGUGUUCGUGAAGGUUGUCCCGAGGUCACCGAGCAGGAAGCCUUGAAGUUGAUUUCUGAGCUGGAAGAUGUAAGGCUACAAGAGCUCCGGGAAAACACUCGUGAUACGCGGUCUAGAGUGAAGGCGGCGGCGCUUGCGAUGGAGAGAACCUGGUUUGACUACUUGAUCUCGUACAUCGACGGCGGGAUCUCCUCGCAGGCAUUGAAAGCAGUGGAGAGCGCGCCUUUUCUCCAAGAAGUCCCUCGAGAGUGUAAAGCAGGCCUCGUGGAUGCAGUGCCGGAAGCGAAUGGAUGGCAAGCCUUGAAGGGUUUGGAGCGUCUGAAUCGAAAGACCAGAAAGCGACUAUGGACCUCGAACAAGUGGUUGGUGCACUUGUAUGCUGGACAAAGGGAGCGGCGUGAUUUGCAGCACUUGGAGGGCCACGGGUACACGAUCCUGGAGUUGGACAUCGAGAGGGGUCGAACACAUGAUGUGUUGAGAUCAAGUACCUGGCGAGCGCUGGAGUGGGGAGCAAGGAUGGGCAAGAUCGGAGCAAUCAUUGGAGGACCGCCGCAAAGCACAUUCAUGAUUUCGCGACAUGUUGUGGGAGGUCCCGAGCCAGUGCGGUCCAACGAGUACCUGUUCGGGAACUGGCCAGGUCAAUCGGACAGUGAUGUUUUCAAGGUCAACCGGGAGACGCAGCUGAUUACGAGGAUGGUGUAUCUACAUGCUCUUGCUACCGCGGGAAGAACAAGGGCGAACUAUGAUCCGACCGUCAGUCGGGAAGUUGCCUUUCUUCUAGAGCAUCCUCGUGAUCCUCGUGGGUAUUUGAAGUUUCAGGACCCGCUGUACCCGGACGUAGUGAGCUUGUGGAGGACGUCAUUGUGGUCAGAGUAUGCAUUGGAAGCAGGGUUGCAUGCCUAUAACUUCGACAUGGCGGCUUUGGGAAAGGCAUAUACGCGCCACACCACGAUCGGCACCAAUCUACAUCUUCGGCAUCUGGAUGGACUUCGUCUACGGUGGCAUUCUGAUGGGCCGGCUCCAGAGCGAGCGCCGGCAUGUGUGUGGCCACAGGAGUUCUAUGAGCACCUGGUCAUAAUGACCAGGGACAUUGCGUUGCGGGACUGGGGAAAGAUCCCCAGGAUGCUGAAGAUGAGUGCAGAGCAGCGGCGAGAUCAUGUACGACGGGGACAUCUUCCAUUCAGAGCAGACUGCUCUGUAUGCGUUCAGGCAGGCGGCAUGGGCCGACGCCAUUCCAGGGUGGAGCACCCAUCAGCCUUUGUGUUGUCGGCUGAUUUGUCUGGCGUGGUGAAGGUGGGCGGUGUGGAUCCAGAUGGACGAGGAGCCUUCCCCCGACCCUUCAAGUACAUCUUUGCUGCAAAGUUGAGGGUGCCGAAGUCCUUUGUGGAAGAUGGUCGAGGUGUUUGGCUCGAUUACGAUCCUGGUGAAGUGAGCAAAGAAGACUAUGAGGAGCAAGAUGAUGGGUUGGCUCCUGUUGAAGGCGGCGUUGGAGAUCGUGUUCCAGAAGAUCCAGCAGCUGAUGGAGGUGAAGAUUGUGAACCUGAGCUCAAAGAGGUGCCGAGGCGAGAUCCCGAUGAGGACAGUGACCUUGGUGGCCCGGAGCUUGUGAACCUCAUCUUCGCGUGUGGUCUAAAGGACGACAAAGUGUUUGAUGAGGCAGAGUUUCGGCAGAGGGCAGAGACUCUAGAGCAGAACUGGAGCUUGGAUGUAGCAGAAAACCUGGUUCGGGAUGUUGCGCGUCUACUUCCUGAUGAUGAGCGAGUCUAUGGAAUGUUCCGUCACGGAGGACGAAUUGGCGUGACCAAGUCCACUGUGGAGAGACCGUGGUUUGCUCGAGUUUUGAAUCGGGUGAUGUUGGAGAGAGCCCCUGACGCGGAGUACGCUGCAGUCUUUGUGUCCAUCAAUAACGAGCGUGAGGUGCACAUUGAUCGCAACAAUGCUCUUGGGGCUAUGAAUCACCUGCUCCCGAUAAGCAUGCCGAGACGAGGAGGGGAACUAUGGAUGGAGCUGCGCGAUAGUGACGUGGUCUCUGGAAAGGUGAUUGAGUUGGAAACAAUACCCACGUCAGAUGGCGACUACCUGUUCAAGUGCGACUGGUCAAUGGCAGCGAAGCCAGUGCGGGACCAUGGCUCACUUGUUCCUCCUGGAGAUGGACAACAAUGCGAGCACACCGUCGCCUGUGAAGAGCAGUGGGAGGACUGGGAGAUGCAUUUGGUGUUGGAUGAUGCCAAUGAGCCGGUAAGCACAGCAGCUUUGUCUUCGAGUCGCAGUGUGAACCCAUCUCUUAAGAAGGCGGAGGUCACUUACACUGAUGGCAUCGAGGAGAUUUUAGCGAACUUGAGCUCUCCUGUUUCAGUAGUGUACACGGUGAAUCCGAAGGACGUGCUUGCUGUGUUUGAGAAGUGGAUCCCAUCUUUGAACAAGGAGGUUAACACGCUAGACCACGCAGUGGAAAAGGUGAUGGGUGAUGAUUCUCAAGUUCGAGACGACUUGAACUCCGGAAGGGGGCAGUUGAUUCCAAUGAAGGUCGUGUACACGAUCAAGCCACCAGAUCCUCCGACCGAGGAGGAGGUGCCCGCAGAGCUCUUCAAGCGCAAAUCGCGCAUUGUUAUCUGUGGGAACAUGGCGACGCACAGCCCGUCUGAGGUGUUCGCAAGUACCGCGCCUGCGGAAGUGGUUAGAGCAGCUAUAGCAUUGGCUCGCUUCUUCAACUGGAAUCUUGGGGCGAUUGACAUCGUGGCGGCCUUCUUGCAGACCCCGUUACGAGCAGUGAAGGGGGCGCCGCUAGUCUAUGGGGUGCCACCAAAGGUGCUUGUGAGAGCUGGGUUAGCGAAGCCAGGUGAGUUGUGGAAGUUGACUCAUGCAGUUUACGGCCUACAAGAGAGUCCGAAGCUUUGGGGUGCUUACCGUGACACGUUGUUGGCGCAAAUCCAGUUGGUGUUCGACGGAAAGCGAGUGACUCUGAUGCAAGGGCGUGUGGAGCCGUCGUGGUGGUCAGUCCUACAGGAUGGCUCAGUGCUGAUUGGCAUCCUCGUGGUGUAUGUAGACGAUCUUCUUCUAUGCGGAAGAACUGAGCUCAUCAAGGAGUUGGCGGCCGCUAUUAAGGCGGUAUGGAAGACGAGUCCACUUCAGCUAGCAACAGAUGGCGAGAUCAGGUUCCUGGGAAUUGAAAUCUCGCUUACAAGCCAGGGUUUUGCGUUGUCCCAGAGAGCCUACAUUGAGGAGCUUUUGCGAAUCCACGAGAUGACCCCGAAGCGCAAGGAUUUAGUUCCUGUGGCUAAAGAGCUGGCAAGUUUUGUUGCGGCAGAGGACGAGGCGCCUGCCAAUGAGGCGGAGAUCCGUGCGGCUCAGCAGAUCGCUGGGGAGUUGUUGUGGAUCAGCCAACGGACCAGGCCGGACAUUGCUUUUGUAUGCUCGUUAGUGGGAUCGCUUGCAACACGGGCUCCAAGGCGUGCUGUGGAGAUAGGGGAGAAGACUCUUGGAUACCUUCAGAGGACCAUAGGACGUCAGUUGCUAUAUGAAGGGGGUGUUCCCUAUUUGACCGGGUUCGUGGAUGCGUCGUUUGCCCCAGAUGCCAGUCGGUCACACACGGGUUGGAUCGUGUUGUUAGCCGGGAAUGUGAUCGCAUGGAGAUCGUCGAGGCAGUCUUGCAUCAGUUUGAGUACAGCAGAAGCAGAGUUAGAAGCAGCAGUAGAGGGCCUUGUGGCGCUACAGGGAGUUCAAGCUCUGUUACAUGAUAUUGGAGUGACUUCGCUUCAGCUUCAAAUGCACUCUGAUAGCACUUCAGCCUUGGCGAUUGCAAGGGGAUCCUGCAGCUGGAGGACAAGACACCUGCGGUUGAAGAGUUCCUGGAUUGGUGAACUCAUUGCCAAAGGGACUGUGGAGUUCAAUCAUUGCAGUGGAGAAGUCCAACCGGCCGACCUUCUGACCAAGCCGUUGUCCUCAGCGAGAAUGAGGGCUUUGAGCGGCCUUAUUGGGUUGAUUGAGGACCCGCGUCUACCUGGCGGUGGCGAUCAGGAAGAAGUGCAGGGUGAAGUUCGCACCAGCAUUCCAAGCAGCAGCAGCAGCACUCACACCCCUAGCCCCAUCCCUAAAGUGUUAGUAGCGUUACUGGUGUUGGCGCAAGCAUUUUCUGGUGAGCGUGCUACUGACGAGUAUGGAAUGGUAGCUUAUGGUAGCAGCGUGUCGGUUGACUAUGGCUUGCUUACCUGGAUGCUAUUGUGGCUUUUGGUGUUGCUGGCUGUUAUGUCCUCGGAAGCCUUGAAGUGGAUUGCUUGGGUUGUCUACGAUAGAGCAUCACCGGGUGCAAGUGCAAGGCGUUUGAGAAGGCUGCAGCGGCUAAGAGAUGCCACGUCCGAGGCGAUCCAGAAAGAGGUUGCUGUAAGGAUUGGAACGGGUCCAGAGCGGCGCGCUCGUGAUGCUCGCCGGACUCCUGCUCAACAGCAGGCCUUGCAAGCAGGUGAGGAAGCCAGAGGACUGAGGAGUGAUCCCCAGCGCAGUCAGGAUCCGAAUGCAGAGGAAAGGAUGAAUCUGCUGCGAAGAUUGGCGCGUGGGACAAAAGAGCAGGUAGAUGCCGCUGUUCAGACGGCAGCGUUCUCGCCUGUGCAAGCUCCUGGAACGAGAGUGAUUUUGCGCUAUGUUCAUGAGCCACCGGAGCAGGUGUUUGUGGUGCCUGACAAUGAGUGCUUUCAUGUGUACGAGGAUUGCUACGCCUUCCGGCAUCGUGGGACUCAGGAUCGUGUGCAGCGCCGCAGACUGUGUCAGUUUUGCAGCAACAGAGCAGCAGAAGACCCUGACAAAACACCGGACUAUGGCCGUGACCUUGAAAGAGCGCACGAGUACGAGAGAGUUUUCAAUACUACUCUUCGAGUUUCUGGACAGAGCUCACAUGUGCCCUCAGCCUGA